CUUUAAUUUUAGGCUUUAUUAUGUAUAAAACCCCACUCUCUCCAAGUCGUCCUUGAUUCCUUGCUCACCUCGAAAGCCAUGGCGAUAUCACAGUAUGCCCUAUUCACGCUCUUCCUCUUCCUUGUGCUCUUGUCGGAGCACCUCGCCGGAGCAGAACCCACCGCCGCAGCAGUGACCGCGAGGCACCAUCCGAUCCCCACACCCACGGACGUCAACUUCAUCAAGUCUACCUGCAUGGCCACACGCUACCCGGCCCUGUGCGUCCGCUCCCUCUCGGGCUACGCCGCUGCUAUCAGGCGCAACGACCGCCACCUCGCCCAGGCCGCCCUCCUCGUCAGCCUCUCCCGGGCCCGGUCCUCUGAUUCCUUCUUCUCGCGCCUCGCCCGCUCCCGCGGACUUGGGCCUUGGGACCACCGCGCUGUCAGGGACUGCGUCGAGAACUUGAGGGACACUGUCGACCAGCUGGCCCAAUCCAUGCGGGAGCUCGGUCGCGCAGGCCGGGAGGCGGGCCAGGACUUCGAGUGGCACAUGAGCAACGUGCAGACGUGGGUCAGUGCCGCCCUCACAGAUGAGGACACGUGCAUGGAUGGGUUCUCGGGCCAUGCCUACGGGAACAAGAGGCUGAAGGCCGUGGUGCGACGGCGGGUGGUGGGCGUGGCCCAGGUCACGAGCAAUGCGCUCGCACUGGUCAACCGGUUCGCGUCCAAGCACAGGGUAAUGGGAGAGCCCUAACCAGAACUUCCACUCAAGUCUACUCGCGUAUGAGUGGCUCGAGAUGAGUACUAGUGCACGAGCACGUCCAGGGUAAGUUUUUUUGUUAGAUUUGACUAGCUAGAUAUCUCGUUCGAGUUGUACGUACGUACAAACAGUAAUAUCAAAAGAUGUGUGAAAUAUCGGUGUCGCUUAAUGUAAGAUAAGAUGAUGGAACUAGAGAGAUGUAAUUGUGAUGUUCUGCCGAGGGAUAAAUAUGCUAUGGUGAUGCUGCGCCAUGAUUUUGCUACUUUU